AUGUGCUAUGCCCUGGGUGGCAGCUUCCUCACCGACCCCAUCCUCACGGGCACCCGCGCAGCCAGUUUCUCCGGCCGCCUGCCCUCCUCGGGCGGCUCGGGGCCGACAGUAGCCCUGUUCGCCCCGGGCCUCCGCAAGUAUCCCCAGGACGGCAGCAGCAGUGGUGGCGGGGAUCACCCAGCGUUCAGCGCGUCCUCCAGCCAGGCGAGGGCGCUGUUGGCCAGCCUGGGCGCCGAGGCCCUGCUGCUCUCCUCCACACUGCGCCCAGCACCCGGCUCCUCCACCCAUCGGCGACGGCGCAGACCAACGGGCGUUCGGCCUCCUCGCCGUCCCCCACCACCUCCCCCACCGCCACGACCCCUUCCGUGUCCCCCUCCACCUCCCCCUCCACCUCCUCCUCCCCUCUCACCUCCCUCACACUCUCCUCUCUGGGCCUGA